GAUUUGGGUGUGCUGUAUUUUUGGUGUUGCCACAUUUGGGACUGAGACUGGAUGGAAGGAAGCUUUUAACUUGGAGAUGAGAAUUCACUGAGAUUUAUUCCGAGAUAAGCAUGGGGUUCAAAGUAUAUAAAAAUGGAUGUUGCCCUGGUGAUACCUGGAAUUUGAAGGUGGGUCACGAGCCGAUGCCCCCCACCAUCGGGACCAAUGUGCUGGGCAGGAAGGUCCUCUAUCUGCCGAGCUUCUUCACCUACGCCAAGUACAUUGUGCAAGUGGAUGGGAAGAUAGGGCUGUUCCGAGGCCUGAGCCCCCGACUCAUGUCCAAUGCGCUCUCCACCGUGACCCGGGGCAGCAUGAAAAAGGUUUUCCCUCCAGAUGAGAUCGAGCAGGUUUCCAACAAGGAUGACAUGAAGACGUCUCUGCGGAAAGUGGUGAAAGAGACCUCCUAUGAGAUGAUGAUGCAGUGCGUGUCCCGCAUGCUGGCCCACCCCCUGCAUGUCAUCUCAAUGCGCUGCAUGGUCCAGUUUGUGGGACGGGAGGCCAAGUACAGUGGUGUGCUGAGCUCCAUUGGGAAGAUUUUCAAAGAGGAAGGGCUGCUGGGAUUCUUUGUCGGCUUAAUCCCUCACCUCCUGGGAGAUGUGGUUUUCUUGUGGGGCUGUAACCUGCUGGCCCAUUUCAUCAAUGCCUACCUGGUGGAUGACAGCGUGAGUGACACCCCAGGGGGGCUGGGAAACGACCAGAAUCCAGGUUCCCAGUUCAGCCAGGCCCUGGCCAUCCGAAGCUACACCAAAUUUGUGAUGGGGAUUGCGGUGAGCAUGCUGACCUACCCCUUCCUGCUGGUCGGUGAUCUCAUGGCUGUGAACAACUGCGGGCUGCAGGCUGGGCUCCCGCCUUACUCCCCAGUGUUCAAAUCCUGGAUCCACUGCUGGAAGUACCUGAGUGUGCAGGGCCAGCUCUUCCGCGGCUCCAGCCUGCUUUUCCGCCGCGUGUCAUCAGGGUCAUGCUUUGCCCUCGAGUAACCAGGACCACCUGAAAACACGCUGUCUCAGCCUGACCACUGUGGGUGAGGCCUGGUCAUCUCGGGCACUUGUAAGACAGCUCCAGCCCAGCAACACCUAGAUGUGCCCCAGCACAAAUGGGCUCCGGUGUCCAUGUUUGCCACAUGUCUGUCCAGAGCGGGUGUUGGGUGGGGGUGUGGGGCUCACCUGUUAGACCUGGGCAAGGUGGGGCGGGCCUGGGGCGCAGUCCCCUCACUUCGCAUAUUUGCUGAGUCUGCCUUGUGCAGGGAGCCACAGAAUGGCUUGUGGAGGCCCAGGUUGGAUGGGAAAAGGCUCGUGGUGUCAGAUCCCACCCCCACGCACACCCAGGUCAGCCCAGCUCUCAUCCUGCAGCUCAGCUGGGAGCCUUGCUCUUCUGCUUGUACAUAGGGUGUGAUUCCCUUUCACGAGGCCACCGUCAUGUCCACGUCUGUGCUGGGAAGCUGUUGCUAGGUUCUGCCUUUGUUUUUCUCAACACUACUUUUCUGAUACGAAGGCAGCCCCUUGUGAAUGGGAAAUCAUGUGACUGCUCAGAAUGUGUCCUCCUCAUCGAGUGCUCAUCGGUUUAAUGGUGGCAUGUCAGUGUGCAGGACCCGGUUCCCUGUGCAGCUGUGAACACCCAGAACUUAGGCAGAUCAGUGUCUCUAGUCCUCCCCAGUUUAAAAUUCCUGAUAAGAUUUGACCCUUUCUCCCUCAAAUAAAUGUACUGAUGGUGAUUUGGA